AUGUCUUCGCUCAUCGCGGCCGCGGGUCACCACAAAGUCAUUCGUCGGCACUCCAGGCUCUCGGCGAUGAAAAUUUUCACCUCCGACUCGCCUCCUGUUUUUCCAAGUAGCUUCUUUGCAUCUAAAGUAAAUUACGCCCUCAAACUGAAGGAUUCCACAAAAUUCCUGCCUUCUCGUCGUUUGUUGGCUCGACCAAGUUCGAGACGGGGUCCCGAUUUCAGUCCGGCUGGGGACGAUGGUUUCCUCGGCGACUCUAGGGAUUGGAGCCGUUCGAUUGGUAGGUCAGCGUUGGUAGAAGACAGUUACGGCGAUGAUGUUGAUUACGAAGAGGAAGAGGAGGAGGAUCGAAGUCUCGAUCUGUUCGUGAAAUUCGUUCAAAACGUAUACCGAAAGAUUGCUAAACGAGCGAGGAAGGCCCUCCGGUCAAUUUUGCCAGCCAUCAUUUCUUCUAAACUGGUAGGGUUUUCGGUCGAUGGGGUGAUAGUGCUUGCGUUCUUGUGGGUUCUGAAAGCGUUUCUUGAGGUGGUUUGUACGCUUGGAACUGUGGUCUUCGUAAGUAUUCUACUGACUCGUGUUGUAUGGACCGGCGUGACCUAUUUACAAGAAAGCCAUGUACUUGGGAUGAAUGGGCAAGAUGAUGAUCCGCGUGCUUGGACUGGGUCAAGGUCGGCAACUUGA